UAAGUAUAGGUGCGAGUGGCCAGUUGGUUUAAUUUAUUGUGAACUUUCGCUACAUGUAGACUGGUUGUGAUCGUAUUUGUGAUCGUUUUUUUUAUUUAUUUCCCGAGCCGAUCGUUUAUGAUUAUUACAAAUAUUAAACAUCUUUGGUAUCUUUAAAAUGAGUUUUCAUUUUGGUGUAUUGGCCCUCGUUUUAACAGUUUUCACAGCCUCUCUGUGUGCUGAAGAAAAAAUCACAAAGGAUGACGUUACGAAAGCAGGUGAAAUACGAAUUUUCAAACGCCUUAUUCCUGCCGACGUUCUAAGAGAUUUUCCGGCAAUGUGCUUUGCUUCUACUCGAUGUGCCACUGUUGAGCCUGGAAAGUCGUGGGACCUGACUCCAUUCUGCGGUCGAUCAACUUGUGUUCAAAAUGAGGAAAAUGAUACAAAGCUUUUGGAACUCGUAGAAGACUGCGGCCCAUUGCCACUGGCGAAUGACAAAUGUAAAUUGGACACAGAAAAGACCAAUAAAACUGCAUCGUUUCCUUAUUGCUGCCCCAUCUUUACAUGUGACCCCGGUGUUAAAUUGGAAUACCCCGAGAUUGGAAGGGAUAAUGACAAAAAGAAGAUUGAGUGAUUAAAAACCAAUUCCUUUGAUAUA